AUGAUUGAUGCCAUGAAACAGUACGAAGAAAAGUAUCAAGUUAAAAUCACAUACUCUGUUGAGAAUGAACCUCUGGGAACUGCAGGUCCAUUGGCUCUUGCUAGGGACAUUUUGAGCGCUGAUGAUACUGAAUACUUCUUUGUGUUGAACUCCGAUGUCAUUUGUGAAUACUCUUUGGACGAGUUAUUGACAUAUCAUAAAAAUCAUGGAAAGGAAGGAACAAUUAUGGUUACCAAAGUUGACGAUCCAAGCAAGUAUGGUGUAGUGGUCACACAAGAUGGUAAACAGGGAGAAAUUGAAAAGUUUGUAGAAAAACCAAAACAAUUUGUGGGUGAUAGAAUCAAUGCAGGAAUUUAUGUUUUUUCUACUAAGGUUCUCGAUAGAAUUGAAUUGAGACCAACAAGUAUUGAGAGAGAAAUUUUCCCUCUUAUGGCUCGUGACAAACAACUCUAUGCCAUGGAUUUGAAGGGAUUCUGGAUGGAUAUUGGACAACCAAAAGACUAUAUUACAGGAAUGUGCAUGUAUUUGAACAGUGAAAAACAUUUGCGAGAAAACUCAGGACACUUUGCCAAAAAUCCAGAGGAUGGAUCCUACAAAAUAAUCAAUGAAACUACUGUGUUGUUGGGAGAAAAUGUAAAGAUUGGAAGAGGAGCAGUGAUUGGACCAAAUGUUGUCCUUGGGGAUAAUGUAAUUAUUGGAGAAGGAGCUAGAAUUACCAGAUCAACUCUUUUCGAGUCUGCUCAAGUCAAAGAGCAUGCCUUGGUGAAGUCAUCAAUUAUUGGUUGGAAAUCAACUGUUGGAAGGUGGUCAAGAAUUGCCAACGAGACAGUUCUAGGAGAGGACACUCAUGUUGCUGAUGAAGUAUUUGUGAACAAUUUGAAAUUGUUGCCCCAUAAGACCGUCACCGAAGAUAUUUUAGAACCAGGUCAAAUCAUCAUGUAA